CUGGUGCCUUGUUCUGCAGCUAAAUUCGUCCAAUCCAGGAGAAGUUGCAACCCUGUGCUGCACCUCUGGGCGAGAAGUUCAGAUGCAGCUCAUCCCAGACUCCACUGUGGACAUGGAAGCACACAAACAAGAUCUGGAAAGGCAGAUCGUCAUGUCCAAAGUUGCUGGAACAGACGGAAUGUCCGAUAUAUGGGUGUUGUCUCGUCCUUCACCACCUUAGAUCUCGGCGGCCGAGUCCACCGGUGACUUUGAAAUAUCCGUAGAGUGGGAGUCAGGUCUACCAUAGGAAGCCCAGCUGUCACCUGGUGGCCAGAGCGUUCGGCCUUUACAGGGGAAGCACCGCGUCCCCAGAACGGAGGGAAGCCGCCGUCUGAUGUGCGCACUGGGAGCUAGUCCCCUUUUGGCAUCUGGUUGCUUGGUUCUACUCGAGCUAACGCUGCAAGGCCGUCCCGCCUCGGGCACCCCCAACACGGCCUGUGUGGUGACACUGAAGGACUGGAAGAGAACUGACAAAUUCCGCAGGGUAGCUGUUUGUGGGAGAAGUUUGCUGCUGAGGGAAACGCCUGGAAGCGAGAGGCUCUCGACGUUGCGUUUUGUGCGAUCGUGUCGUCCCGGUUCGCAUCCGGAGUCGAUAACUUUAUAG